AGGAAGCUCUGGAUGUGCUGCUGGCAGUGGCCCAGGUACCCCCCUCCGUGCAGGGUGGAGUUGGAGAUGAGCAGCAGGCGCCGCGGGCUCCCCAUGCCGAGCGGAGCCGAGCCGAGCCGCGCUCCCAGCCCGGCCCGGUCCGCCCCUUCCUGCCCCGCCGGCGGCCCCGGGGUGGGGCCGAGGCGCCGCCGCUGCACCGCCGCGGCCUGGCCAUGCUGGACUUCGCCAUCUUCGCCGUUACUUUCCUGCUCAUCCUCGUGGGCGCCGUGCUCUACCUGUACCCGGCAUCUAGGCAAGCAUCAGGUAUCCCUGGGCUGGCUCCAACUGACGAAAAGGAUGGCAAUCUGCCAGAUAUCAUUGUCAGCAGCAGUUUACAUGAGUUUCUUGUGAACCUUCAUGAGAAAUAUGGGCCACUGGUCUCCUUCUGGUUUGGAAGGCGUCUUGUUGUCAGCCUCGGCUCCAUUGAUCUCCUGAAACAACAUAUUAACCCCAACCGAUUGUUGGAUCCCUUUGAGACAAUGCUGAAAUCCCUCUUGAGGUACCAGUCCAGCCUGAGUGGGGAUACAGGAGAGAGCCACAUGAGGAGAAAACUGUAUGAGAACAGUGUGACCAAGUCCUUGCAAAGUAACUUUGCUCUCAUCCAGAAGCUGUCAGAAGAGCUGCUGGCCAAAUGGCUGUCUCUCCCUGAGGCACAACAUGUGCCACUCUGCCAGCACAUGCUGGGCUUUGCCAUGAAGUCUGUCACGCAGACAGCUAUGGGCAGCAGCUUUGAAGAUGACCGGGAAGUCAUCCGAUUCCGCAGGCACCAUGAUGCAAUCUGGUCAGAGAUUGGAAGAGGUUUCUUGGAUGGGUCUCUUGACAAAAACAUGACUAGGAAGAAGCACUAUGAAGAUGCUCUGGUGGAGAUGGAAUCCAUCUUAAGGAAGGUUACAAAGGAGCGCCGAGGCAGAUCAUUCAACAGGCAUGUCUUUAUAGACACCUUGCUGCAGGGAAGCCUGAGUGACCAGCAGAUUCUGGAAGAUACAAUGAUUUUCUCUUUGGCAGGAUGUGUAAUCACCGCUAACUUGUGCACCUGGGCAGUCUAUUUCCUGACAACCUCAGAAGAUGUUCAGCAGAAUCUCUACAAGGAGAUGGACCGUGUUCUGGGGAAGGGACCAAUUACACUUGAGAAAAUUGAGCAGCUCAGGUACUGUCGGCAAGUCUUGUGUGAGACAGUGCGGACAGCAAAGCUCACCCCCAUUGCUGCACAGCUGCAGGAGCUGGAGGGCAGAGUCGACCAGCAUACUAUCCCCAAAGAGACACUUGUGCUUUAUGCUCUUGGUGUGAUGCUGCAGGAUAGUUCAUCUUGGCCAUCACCAUACAAGUUUGACCCAGACAGAUUCAAUGAGGAAUUAGCCAUGAAAAACCUCUCCUUGUUGGGUUUCUCAGGGAGCCAGGAGUGCCCAGAGUUGAGGUUUGCCUAUAUGGUGGCCACAGUUCUGCUGAGUGUCCUGGUAAGGAAACUAUAUCUCCACCCAGUGAAAGGACAAGUCAUGGAGGCAAAAUACGAACUGGUAACCUCACCAAAGGAGGAAGCCUGGAUAACGGUGUCUAAGAGAAGCUAAGAGAAUACAGAACAAGGGGUUAAAAGUGACAGCAGUGAAGUUCUGAGUAAGAAUCUUAAUGAGAAUCAUACUGGCACCAUGUUUACUCAGCCAAGGAAUUUUAUAUCCAGAUUUUUUUACCGUCCAUAUUCUUAACCUCAUGCCUAUCUUGGGUACUUUCUCUAAUUCAACCAUUAGUAAUAUUAAAGUAGAUUUAAUCUACAUGUCUUUUUUAUAUUUGCUUUUGGAUCUCUGGCCAAACCUUUGCAAGGAAGCAACAAAAUCUUGCAGUGGUAUAUGUAUGAACUAAUGUUCAACUAGUCAAGGGCAAGAGCUCUGGUUAACCCAGCCUCUUUCCAAUAGCAGCCAGAGCUGGGUAAGAGUGCCCCUCUUAUCCAGUGGAAUUUUUCUUCCUGAAUCCUAGCUAAAUAAGACCUUGAAGACACAAGGACAAAGCCUUUCUCUAUAUAUAGGUAUUUUUAUUCAAAGUGUCUUUCCCUCCCUUGAGCUAUAUCUGUCGGGAAGAGCAGAUAUAUCCUGUGAGAAGUAUGUGUGAGUGUGAGAAAGAGAGAAAUAAAGUGGGGUGGGAAUAGCACCACUAGUUCUCAUGCUGUGUAAUCUUGCUGUGCUGUGGGGUUGCAAGAAAAAGAAUGACUGAGAAAUGCUAGUAAACCAAGAGGAAUAAAAUUGGUUUGGCCCCUGAGAAAACAGAAGCAUCAGUUAUAAUAUAAUGAAAUGAAAUAAAACUGCAGAGCAAAGCCCCAAGAAAGGGAGUCUAUCCUGACAAUUCCAAGGGCAGUGUCUAAUCUAAUCAACAUCAGAAAUUGACAGAUGCUUGCAAUUUAUUCAGCACUGGGUCAGUAUGGGACUGGUUAUGCAAAUACUGGAGAGUGCUGAUUUCAUAGGGCUCCAGAUUAAUGUUGUACUUAAUAACCUAAAAGCCUUUCAAAGAAUCCUCUUCCUUCUCCAAAAUGUGUGCUUGCCAAAGAAGCAUCAAAUGCUGCAUAUUCACAUGCUUUUUCCUGCUUCUUCCUUUCUUUUUUGCCAAUCAUAGGAUAGCUCCAUUCAGAGCCCCACUGAAUGGUUUGCAAGGCAGGAACCUCCUACCCCAUCAUCACAUUGGAGUAAUUGCCAUCUGACUUACUGUUCCUGUUCUGGCUCUUCCCUUUUUUUCUCUUACAUUUCUCUCUUUAUCUGAUCUUUAUAAGUCUUUUCUCCAUACACCUGACUUCUCUUUUAUUUCCAGUUCCUAGCCCCCUCCCCAGCCAGCAGCUGUGUGGUGGUAGGUGAGGGGUUUCUCAGCCUGCAGCUGUGUCUGCUUAAGCAAUACACAGCUGCCUGUGCACCACAGAGCAGGCCAAGAGUGUGUGCCUCUCAUUAGAGCUGCUUUUAUUGCUUGUGGAGACAGAGUAUUCUGUAACUGCAGUUCUUACUGCUACACAUGUUGGUAUUUUCACCGGUACCUUCCAGGUCAGGAAAUCUGCAGCUCUUUUAAAGCUGUUUUUGCUCUUGUCUGAGGUGUGCCAGCCUCAAUGCAAUCCUGUCAGCUCUUAAAGGGUUAACAGCUAAUGCCAUCCUCUAUGGGCACCAGACAAAGACAAUUCUGCUCUUGGCUUUAACAUGUCAGAUCUGCUUUUGGUGGAACUGUGGAGAAUCAGAUGCCCCCCAGUGUAGCUUCUGUUGGGGAAGAGUGAUACAGAGAUGUUAGGCAGAAAAAUGAGAGUUGUGCAGUUCAGCUUCCUGUCUUUCUUGCAUUGAUUUUUAUAAUGAACUGCAAGAAAGCUCUUGCUAAUCUGACCUCCACUUCACUAAAGGUUGGUCAUGUCCCCAGAUGGCAAUUCAUGUUAGCCUUUGCUUCAUUGCUUAUGCAAAAAGGCCUAUUUUUCUUGAAGGUUGCAGAUGUUCCCCAAACCUUCUGGAAAAAGCAGCGUGGUAAAGAAUUUAAUUUUAAAACAUUCCUGGAUGUGCAGAGGAGGCAAAACAAAGACCAAGUUAUUGCCUUCUUUGGAAAAUAUGGUGGGAUAGCAUUGUCCCUGCUAGGAACAGGACAAGGAAUAUAAUUGGGUGAUGAAGACCUGCUUUAGGAGUGAUGCUUUGAAACACUAGGAAAGCUUUCCAACUGUAAUUGUCCAGAUUUCUGUUACAGCAUUUCUCUGCCUUGCUGGAGCUGAUCAAACUGCCUUGCAACAGCCCCUUCCCCAGUUACAGGAAUCAAAACCAGGAGUGAUUCCAUGUAAUUUGUUACGAAUUUUCCAUUAGCCUGCACCCAUAGGCUGUGCUCAGUCUGGACCAGUGAGCAAGCCUGCUACAGGAGUCCAUGACUGAUACAGGAGAAGAAUGUGGCUCAGUGUGCUGGAGAAAGCCAAUGAUCAGUUUGUGUUUGUUCAAAGCACUCACAGCACUGUUGAUGCCAGCCUGGGGAAAAGCCUGAGUCAGUGCCUGCACUGAUGGAGGUAACCAGUCUCAGGAGCCCACUCAAUAGAGCACAGCGGUUUGUCAGUGCUGCCCAGACCCACACACAUGUAUAAAGUCCAGAGAUGCCUUCUGCCUGUUAUGUGGGGAUAUGGGCAAGCACUGCAACCCAUGCAAAGAAAUGUCUUAGUCUAGGAAGAAAGCCAAGACGGGGAGGUUGCUUCUAGAAUAUAGGGAAUUGUUGCUUUUUAUGCUUCAUAUUCCUGCUCUACAACAGCAAGCUGCUUUACGAAUUUGACAGGGUGGUUUUGAAGAGCACACAGAAAAGCUGUCAUUUCAUUCCUUAGACUCUUUCUGUAGGACACGUUUCUAUAGAGAGCUGCAAACUCAUGAAAGUUAAGAGCCCAAGUGUAUCUCUGCACCUGUGCAACCUGCUACCCUCAGAAGCAGGCAGCCAGCACAGGUAGUGGGAGCAGCCAGGCCAUUGCUAAUGCUCUUUAUGACUGGCAAAGCCUUUUACUUUUGCCCCUUGUCCUGGUGGCAGCUGGUGAGGCAGUUGUUAGCAACUUUGAGCAGAGCAGACAGUUUACUGAUCCAGCCUCCCAUUGCCUCCAAAACACCCCUGAAUGCCAUUAUCUCUACAUUUUAAUUAACAUGAGCUACAUACAGAAGCACCAUUGCAAAUUAAUAUACUGUUAAUAAUAGUAAUAUCCUUCUGUUCCCAGCAGUUUAAGGACUUGCUGGCAGUGGCUGUGGCAUGCACCACAGAGUUAGGGCUGCAUGUUUUAUUUUCCAUUAUUACAUAGAAAGGAUGGUCUUGGCAAUUUCUGUCCUACUUGCUGCAAAAGUAAAUGUUGGUUAUAGGGCAGGGUGGAUGUUUCCUGAUUUGAAGUCCCUUGGGCAGCUGUUGUGCCUGUUCCCCAACAGCUGUGCAGUUACAUGAACUUGGGGCUGUUGGCAGUCCAAAUUGGGAAAACACUCUCUCACCUGCAUAGUCAAUUAUUGACUUCCUUUUUGUGCUCAGAUUGUCUUGUGGCUUUGGGACAAAAGGAAUGUGGUACAUACUUUCCUGAAUACCUUCAGGGAAAAAAGGAAAAUCUUCAUAACUUAAGGGUUAUGCUACUAGGAAGUGAAACUGUAUUAAUGACCAUGGCAGCUCCUGUUCUUUCCAUUUGUCCAAAGCAAGAACUUAAGCUAGAAAAUAUUCCAGGCAUUUCUCUGGAGCCUGAGAGAACCCAUCUUGACACCUCUUCGUUGUUAAGCUUGGGAGUGGGUUUUAGCAAUGACUUUUCAACUAAACAAAAGGCCUGUUUGACAUCUCUUAGAAUUCAAUGCCAGGGUUUUGGUGGUAGCAGACAGAGAUGAGGAACUACCACAUGCAGGAAAAAGAAAGACGAAGAAAAUGUUCUUCACAUAUGGAGGGUGGGGAAGAAGACACGGUAAAGGUUUCCAUAGCAACAUUCCUUGAAGAGAAGUAUUUUUAAAUCUGUGAAUUUUAGCAUCAGAAACACAGUUGUGUUUCCCACAAAAAGAUUUGGGGGAGGGCUGGAGUGGAAAGAAUUUUUCCCCCUACUUUUCAGGUCAUUCUAGUUUCUUUUACUGAGGAGCCUGCUCCCAAGAUAAAUGAAGUAUGUGUGAUUUCUAUGAUCUUAAUGCUCCUGUAAGAAAGCCUGCUUCCAGGAGCAGGAAGCAUCAGUCAUAGUUCUAUAUCUGCUCCAACAUCUUUGGUACAAGCACUUGAUCAUCUCUUUAAUGGGAAAAGUAGUUCAAAUAAAUCAAUGCUAGACCACUUAAAAGGCACAAGGACAAAUCUUGUAGGAUUUUGCAUUAAAACUAGUGUAACUUGGCAAACAAAUCUUAAUUUUAAUUGAUGUACAGUUAAGUGAUAGUAGUUGUGAUGAGGUAGCUGAGGUCUUUUGCCUUGGCCAGAGGAGAGGAUGCAGAACUGAAAGAGCAGAGAAACCAGCUAAAAGAUGUCCCUGGUGAGCAUCUUGGUUACUUUGAUGACAGUGAAACAUGCCUGUAGUUGGACAAGUGAUGCUCCAGUGACACACAGAAUGCUUGCUCUUGCUAUGGAGGUGGCAGUGCUGGGGCCACCUCUGAACCUCUCUGAAGCUUCUCUGCUCCAGUCUCUGCAGUGCAGAGCAACUCACGGGCAUUGGCACGCUCUGCUCCCACCUCCCUGCUGGCAUCCAGGCAGGUCAGCUCUGUCACGAGCCUGGCACAUCCAAUGCUGUGCCUGCUUGGCUGCUAACUUUGAAGCCUCACCAAAAAAGACUUUUUUUUUUUUUUUUUUAAACAGUUGCUUCCAAUUCAGUGGUGACUCAGACACUGCAGCAAGGAUAAAGUGAUCAUCUUCCCCUUCAGAGCUUUACAGCAAAAGGCCCUGAGUAUCCUCUCUAAAAGGGCUUGGUGAGCCCAGCCAUCAACUGGAUUCAGUUCUUUAAUUUAACUGAUGGAAAAAGAUACUUCAGCAGUGCUGUGUACCUGCUAGCUCAGAGCCCAUGUUUCAGCAAUAGACUAAAUGAUUCCUAAAGUACUUUGUAUUCAGAAACCCUGGGGAGGGGAGGCUAGGAGGGAAUGAAUAGUCAUACAGAAAACAGAAGGGACGAUUCACCCAUUAAGACUUUUUUCCUGACCAAACUUCUCUUGGCCAUGAAUCCAGGAAAGGAACAAAAAUCUAUUGCAAUAAUAAGAGAAAAAAAGUAAGUCAUAUUUGGCCUUUUAGGGGGAAGGAGAGGAUGCAGAUAACGGUGUCUAAAAAAGCAAAAUUCAUACUGUCAAAAGUGUGGAAAUCGGUGCUUGGCAGCAUUGUUUCAUAUUGGUCAAGACCUGAUACAGAAUAAGCAAGGCUCAGAUCUAAGAGACUAAGAUCAACUUCCCUACAUCUUCACUGAUAAAACCUACCAGCAGCAGGUGCUUGGGGAGGAGUAGAGUGAGCCAGGAGAGUCAACGGGAGCUGACAGGGAUGCCUGCAAGAAUACAUCAUUGCAUAUCAUGGGAAACCAAUGGUUGCAGCCACCUCACAUUCAUUGAUAAGUGAGAUAUUUGGGAGUAGAGAGAGCACUUUGUUCUUCUGCUGUGCAGAAUUCAUACUGAAUUUGACAGACCCUGCACCUGGAUUUGAUGUACUGUUCUAAAGGAGGAAGCAGAUUGAUUGCUUGUUAACAGAAUGCUCUAAAUUAACCUCAGCCAUGGGUCUGGUUCUGCAGUCCUUUGCAUGACUGUUAUUUAUGCUGUACAAUUGCAUUGAAUACCAUUGACUGUCCAAUAUGUUGGUCUGGCACAGCUGCACUGAAAUUCUAGUUGUGGCUUUCUGUUGUUGGAACCCAAGUUUUUUGAUCUGCUUGGAUACUUGGAUUUUGGAUACUCCCAAACAGUCAAGCACCUACUUGACUAAACAGCUAGACGUCUUUACAAGUCUAGUAUUGCCAUAAUGCAAAGAAAAAAGGAAAUUAUACAGAAGUUGUGUGGCCUCUGCUUUCAUAUCCCAGCAGUGAUAAGCAGGUAGAGUCUGUUGCUGUAUAUACACUGUAGUUCACAGUGAAUGCCUUUUUUGCUUGAGGAAGCUUGAUGGUGAUUUUUACAUAGUAAAGAUGAAAAUACUGCAAGCAUACAUCAUGCAUUAGCCCUUAUAUAUUUUAUAGCUAUACUGUUCCAGUGUGGAAAACUGAGCUGAGCAAUCACAUUUUCUCAACUACCUUCAAGAACUGGAAAUCCUUAUCACCUCUGUGUUUGUUUCUCCCACUACUGCUGCACUGGUCUUCAGAUUGUCACCAGAGCUAAAAAUCUUCAUGCUGUAAAUUAAACUGUGAUUUCAAAAAAUUUUACAGUACAGUCUCCUCAUAAAACUCCACAAGUCUUUUUCUGAUGUGACUCACUCAAUUACUCAUGUGGGCAGACGUUCAGAUAAUAAAAGUGGUUAAUGGAAAGCUGUGAGAAAUACUGCUGGAUUCUGAGGAGGCAGCCAGGGGGAAUGUACUGUGGGUAUUUUAUCCUGAGAGCUGCUGAAUUCACUGAGCUCCCAGCCAUUUUUUUAAGAUAAAGAUUUCUCCAUUCUGCUUUUUCCUUUGUAUGAAAACAGCUUGAAAUAUCAGAUUGGCAACAAAGAAGCAAAAGCACACCAGCUGUAUGUAUUUGCUCUUCUGCUCCUCUUCCUACAUAUUAGAGAUGAUAGCUAGUCUGUGCCCUGAAAUAAUCCCUUUAUCCUAGUGAUGUACACACCUAAACAACAGUAUUCUAAUGAGCUGAGGAUUUCUGAAUCAAGGAGCACAACUAACAAGUGGCUAAAAAACCUCUUUCACUGGAAGUGCCAUGUAUACUGACAAGGAUCAGAUUUUUCUGGAAUUAAUAAAACUAAGAGAUUUGGCCUUGAGAUUUGGUGUGCAGUAGGUCAGGAAAUACAUCUAGAAAACAGGUUUCAAUGACAUCUCAGUGAGUGCACAUUAGAGGAAUAUGGCACCUUUUGACAUUGGUGAGGCAGAAAGGAGCACAAAAGUAGUAAGGUACCACUUGGAUGUGAGAGCUCCACUACCUGAUGAAAUUAUACAUGUGUGAUGGCUUCAAAGAGACUUAGAAUUAAGGCAAACUGGAACUAGUGUAAGUGGAUGAACUGAUUAUAGAGCUAAGGGCUCGCUGGCAUUUGCAGAAAUUAAUUCUUGUUUGUGUGGCUCUGAGGCUGCUAGAUUUUUGGGGGAUGUGCUACUGCAGUUGCUGUGUGAGCCCAUUCCAACAAUGCUGGAUAUAGAAAGAGAGAGGACUUGAAGAUAUGCUCAUUUUUGAUAUGAGCUGGGAGGGAGACUAUGGUUUGACUUGUAAAACAGAGCUUCUGGCACAGAGAAGCAGUGCAUGGAUGUUGAGGGUCUGAACCAGAGAAAGUAAGCUGUCAGAUUAUAUUUAGCAACUACAUGCUGCAGGAAAGCACAGAGAGGGAAGGAGGGGAACGAUUGCAUAGCUGAGCACCAUGGGUACUGAGCACACAGCGCAGGGAAUGAGGCUGUUAAGAGAGGAUGAAUUGCCUUGGUGUUCCUGAUUCAAAUAAAUCUCUAUGUGAGGCCAGGUAUCUGCACAGAUGUGUAUGCUUACUCUGAUUACCAGCGCUCAGCUUUAUUUAUCCAUCAGUAAUACCCUAGACUCCCAUUAGGUGAAGAGUGACCAGCCUGUGGCCUUCCAGUCAUUCCCCUCUGCCCUCACCCUAGGGAUGUCUCCUGCAGCAAUCCCAUUCCUAGCUGGGGAAGCAGUAGUCUCAGAGGGGCUCUUGAAACCAAUGUCCUAAGGUGCUGUACAGCCCAGUUGCACACCCAGCUCAGUCCUAACCCACUAGAAUCUUGUUAGCUAAGGCUGUCAUCUGCAAAAUAGGUUAGGUUACCCUGCUCCAUUUGAAUUCAGGGAUGUGAAUCCUCCAUUAUGUUUUCUGGAAAGCCCAAUCCUAAAUAGAUAAAGAUGGAAAAAAAAUUUCUUACACCUGUGUGGGACAGAUCAAACCUUGCAUGCUGACACAUGGCAGCUGAUCAUUUGAGUCCUGUCAUAUACUCCAGGGUGCAGAGAUUGUAACUUUGACUAGUUUACACCAGGAUGGGCACAGCUUAGGUUCUUAACUUGUUCCUGCUAAAAGCUCACUUGUAUGAUUCAGAGAUGCUUUUGCCUUUGAAAUAAAUAAAGCCUUUAAGCUCCCUCUCAGAGGAGACGUGUGGGGAGGCCUGGCUGCCUUCUGUGCAUAAAUAUUUCUGUCAAACUGGGUUCAGACUCAGGUGGGUGAAAUGACUGCACCCAUGGGGAGCCAUCCGUCUCCACCUCCUGUUAGGCAGUACUGCAUCACUGAGAUUUGUGUUGUUACCAUACUGUCAAAAUUAGCUGUGGGUGAGAGAAAGGGCUGAAAUGCUCCUGUAUGUUCGCCAAACAGGAGGACAGAGCAGCUGGAGGAGGAGGGAGAUGCAGACAGUAGUAGUGAAGAGAAGCUGUGCAAGGAGAGGCUGCCUUCACAACCUUUGGAAAGGGGAUUGCUUGUCCAGGUGUGUGAUAGAAGGAGGAAAGAUGACUACAAAGAUGUGAUUAAUUGUGCUUCCUUUGCAAGGGAGAGUUAUGCUAGUUACAGAAACAACACACAUUAGGUUUGGUGGCUCCUAAGAAUAUGCAAAGUCAUAAAAUACUUUUAAAGUAGUUUAUGUGGCAAAAGCAGGAUUACAAACAGAACAGGAUUAGAAAAGCUUCAGGGUGCAAGUUCCUGGAGUUAUGCGAGUACCUAAAAAUCUGAACUUUUAAUUUCAGGAAGAAACAAAGACUUCAAAGAAUGGUUCUGACUGUUGCAGCUGCUGCAGAUCAAACUUGAAAAUGUGAAAAAAGCAUCAGUAGGUCAGUAACAGUGAGACAGAAUCAAUAGUUCAGAGAGGAUGAAUUUUUGUAUGUGCUGUACUGGAGCAUUAACUACCCUUCAGCAGCUCAGUGGCCGUAUCAGACCUUACCUGGGGGAUGCCACAGGGUCAGGACAGAGUGGAAAAGAACUGGCAGUUGGUCUGGGUUAGCAACUUAGAGAAGGAAUACCAGCAGGAAAAACAAAUUAGAGCUGUUAUUUCCUCCCCUAUUCCCUGAAUGCUUGUCAUUUGAACCCUUGGAAGGAAACUGAUGAGAAACUAUGCUUUGUACUGGCCUCUCUUUGAGGCCAUUUGUUGCUUGUUUUCUUUUAAAGUCUGAAAUGUUAGAAAGAGAUAAUUAUUUUUCCUAUUUGGCUUGACCUCUUGCUUCCUGGGAGUGUACCUCCCCUUGUACUGGCUCUGUCCUCACACAGUGCUCUGUUGAAAGAAAGUUCAGCAGAAAACUAGAAAAAAGCUUGGGAUUUGGAACAAGACAUGCCCUCAAACAGACAGUCUGAAUCUCUGCAACAUGUCCUGUUCCUCUCUGGAGGUGCUGUGAGGUAUCAGAUGUCAGUCAUGCACUAGGUGGUUCUGAAAUAGCAAUGUUAGGGAAAACACUUCCAUGAGUUGGAAGCUGCUCCAUCAGUCACCUCUCCUACCUUUGUGAAGCAAGCCUUUUACCCAGUUACCAGUUUCUCAUAAGCAGAGAGGUUAUCUGUGGCUACAAUCUUGAUUGCCCAGCAAAUUGCUGAAUGCCUGAGGAAGCAGGAGGAGAAUGUGCAGCUUCAGGGUGUGUGGGUUUCUCAGUCUGGUUUACAGUGAGCACUGGAGGUUGAGUGUUUAAGAUGCCUCUGGAUCCUGACACCAAUUGGUGCAGUAUUAGACAGCUGCAUUCUGUGCUGGGAGGCCACCCCAGCACUCUGGAAUAGCCCUGGGAGUUAAAUAAACUGCUGUUUGCUUCAGAAGCUUUGGAUUAUGAGACCGGCAAAGAGUGGCUAUCCAGGCAGAGGCAGACCCAAACACUGUGUGAGGCAAGUGUGAAGACUAUGUCUCUGUUGGGGGAGUGAAGGUACAUACUUCAGUUACAGACUAUUUUCUUCAAUUGCCCAAUUUUCCUUCCCUCCCUCAUCCCUCCAGUAAAUGCUACCUUCCUCCUAAAGGGCAUGGACCUAUAUAUCAUCAGUACACGUGACCAAAACUUUGGUGCCAGAGUCCUUUGUCCUUUAUCCAGCUGCAAAUCUGCUCAGCUCCAUGUGAUACAGUGGCACAGGGAUUUUCAGCUUUCGUUCUGCUGUUUACAAAGAGUGAAAAAGAUAAAAGGAAAAAUGUUCAUAAAACUAGUGCACAGUUAUAUAAAGAAGUGAACCGAAAACCUGCAGCAGGAUCUGUCCGAGAUCUGACUUGGUCAUUUCUCCAAAGAGGAUGUUUACUUGCACCCCUUAUGUGAUGUCUGUACUGUUCAGUUCUCUGUAAAACAACAAAAAUGGAAGAGACUUUGUGAUUUCUUACUGUGUGCAAAACAUAGGUGGCCUUUGAGGUACCCCAUUAUUACUUUUCUCUAAUAAAGAAUUGAUGAUUCAAACUGUA